UGUCUUGGUGUUUGCUACUUCUGCACUAGGUAACCUGCAAAGUAACAAAGAAGUUGCAAGUACAUAUUUUAUGCUUUCACAGCGGUACGACGGCAAAAUUCACGUUUCAUUCGAAACAACUGUCGUUCGUCCGGUCGUUGGGAGCGUUUGCUCUUAAAACAACGAUAACGUUAAAAAGCUAGCCACCUGUUGAUGCGGCGAACAUCUUUGUUUACAUUUCGCGAAAGUAGCUAUGCUAGCUAGUUUGGUAUUUUCUGUUGUGGUCACAGAAGUUUAAAAAGUAGCGCUACACCGAUGAGUUAGUUUUCGGUUUUCUGUAUCUUUCCAACGAGUCACACAAGCUAGCAAUGUUACUUGUGCAACUGAAGGCUAACUUCAGCCAGUCAAGACGAGUUGUGGAUUAGCUGGAGGUCGACAUGUACUCAUCAGUAGUCCAGUGUUUGAGAACGAGGAGAGUUUGACCCAAGAUGUGUUCAGUCUGAGGAAUCCGCUUCGACUGACGGAGCACAGCCUGUGGGACAUAAACUGAGUCUACUUCAAAGUCAGGUCAGAAGACAUGGAGUCCAUUUCUUUAAGGAAGAAGGUGGGCUGUGUGCGUCAGGAGAACGCCUGCCUGUCCAUGCAGGAUGAGCAGCUAAUCAAUGACCAUGAUGCUAUGCAGUAUGAAUUAGCCACCUCCAAGUCUCAGCUCCACCUCAGAGGCCCUAGGGUUGGAGUUAAAAACAGUGUGACAGUCAUGAGUCAGCAGAUUCGACAGCUUGAAGCAGAGCUGGAGGCUCAAGCCAAAGAACUAAAGGCAGCAGAGCUGAGGGCUGAGUGCAGCCAGGAAGCAGCAGCUCACAAUGACAUUGUGGUGGCGACUCUCACUGAAGAGCUGAGUGCACUCAGAGAGGAACUGGACAAUAGGACAGCGCUAGGAAAACGGGCUGAGCAACAAAGGAACCAAGUACUUGAAAAUGCAGAGACACUCAAAGAAGCUUUCAAAGAUUAUAAGGCCACAAUUUCCAUUAAGCUUAAGAGGGUGAUGGAGAGUGAGAGCAAACUCAAAGAGAGUCUUAUUGAGUGUGACAGAGAAAAAGAAGAACUGGAGAUGAAGUGCACUGUGUUGCAGAGAGAAAAGGCAGAACAGAACCAAACGAUCAGCCAGCUGAAGGAGGAGCUGAGGCAGGCCAAGAGUUCGACUGCUGCGUGCUCGGACCUCCAGGCUCAGCUGGAGGAGGCCAAACAUCAAGCCUCACUUCUGGAACGGCAGGUUGUGGAGCGGGCAGCCGAGUGCAGGGAGUUGGCCUCUCUGCGCAGGGAGGUGGAAGACCUGCGGACUCUGACCCAGAGCCAGGAGCGGAGGGUGGCCCAGAGCCACAGAGAGUUUCAGCAAAGCCAAGCAGAGCUGUCCGGCCUGGAGGCCGUACUGGCCCUGCUGCAUAUACGAGAGGGUGCUGUGGGGCCACUUUGUGCUAGGCCCUGCAUGUUGCCCCCAGUGGAGUAUUCUGGAACUGCACACCUGCUGAAUUUAAAGCCAGGUGAAGGUUAUCAGCAGCUGCUGCGGGUGCUGCAGUCGAUGGAGGCUGAGAAGAUUAAACAGAGCAGCGUGGUCGAGCGGCUUCAGGAGCGUCUGAGCAGAGCCCAGGAGGAGAUCUCCUCUCUGCAGAGCUCCAUGGCCCAGAGAGCCUCCCACUACCAAAGCCUCCACACUGAGCUGCUGGACAAAGUCAGCCAAGCCACUGACACAGAAAAAGAGUUGAAGAGAAAAAGUGCGCGUGUGGCUGCACUGGAGAAACAGUUACAGGAGAAAACUUCAGCCUACAGUCAGGCUGCACUGAAAAACACUGAGCUGGAGAAUCAGCUACUGGAGAAGACCAGCGCGCUGCAACAUUACCAGUCACUGAUGACCAAAAAGCAAAGAGAGUAUCAACAGUCUUUGGACAAGUAUAAAAAAUCACAGUCUCAGCAAAGCAUGGAGCAACAGCACAGAAUAGAAAUGUUGCAGUUGUCUGUGGAAGAGGCUCAGUCUCGGGUGUUAGAGAUGGAGCAGGAGCUUUGUUUGCUCCAGAGGGAGCGAGACGAGGCUCAGAAAGCAGCUCUCUUGCUGCAGACCACCGUGGAAAAGCUUACACAAGAGAAGCAGGUUGAGGUCAGACGCAUUGAAGAGUUGCUGCAGAGUUUAAAAGAGCAGGCAGCUCAGUCUGCUGCUAAGGUGCGUGAGCUACAGUCGUCUCUGUCAGCCUGCAGAGAAGAGCUGGCCUCAUACCAGCAGCAGAUGGAGGAGGUGAAGACGAAGUAUGAGAGUGAGCUGCAGAAGAACAAUGACAAGGUGUCCUCUCUGCAGGAGAAGCUCCACAACACCAGCCUGGUUUGUCAGAGCUCCAGUGAGCAGAACUUGCAGCUGCAGCUUUCUCUCCAGCAGCAGCAGACCAUGCUGACUGAGAGCAAUGCCCACAUCUCUGAACUGGAGGAGAGCCAGAGCCACCUGCAGAGACAGGUGUCCAGUCUGGAGCAGCAGCUGGAAAGAGCCCGGGCCUCUCUACAGGACGAGGUACGGGACGCCCAGGAGAGAGACAAGGACCUGCAGGAGAUGAACCAGCGGAACACUCACCUGUCUGAGUCUGUCACCCAUCUGACAUCAGAGAUGACAAAGUGUCGAGGGGAGCUGGUGUCUAAAGAGUCGGAGCUGCAGCGCCUGAGGAGGGACGUCACAGUCAAGACUUCUCAGAUCACACGCAUGGAGGAGAGCCUGCAACACGUGAAGAACCAGCUCGACAGCAAGACUGACAUGGUCGUGGAUCUGGAGGAGAAGCUCCAUCGCUGCGAGGCAGAUCGACUUAACUCUGUUCAGCGGGUCCACAUCCUAGAGGGACAGCUGCAAGGGGUGCGGGGAGAGUUGGCUGAUACUCUAGAGCAGCUACAGAAACUCAGGGACAUUCUGCAGAGGACACAGACCAUUGCAGAUGACCGGCAGGCCUGCGUGGAAAAACUGACUGUCCAACUUAGUGAGACCCAGAGGGAGUUGGAAGAGAGAACUCAUGAGGUCUUAGACAUGGAUAAUGCACUGAAGGAGAGACAGGGGGAGCUCCAACAGAGAGCACAGCUGCUGGGCCAGCUGGAUGUGGCCAUCAGAGAGCACAAGCAGGAGAUGGAGAGGAAGGUGGAGUCUCUGCAGCAGAACCUUGAAAGCAGAGAAGGAGAGCUGAGGGAAGCACAGAGGGAGCUCACAGACAGACACAUGAAGGAGUCUCAGGAGCUUGGCCAGCAGCUGCGUGUGACUCAGCAGAAACUUCAGUCUGUGCUACAGGAGCUUGAAGAUACUCAGCAUCACUGUGAGGCUUUGAGCAGAGAGCUGGACGCCACCAAGCUGCAAACCAAGGAGAAGGAGGUCCAGCUGUGUGUCGUGGAGGAGGAGCUGGCACUGAAGGAGGCACGCUGGCUGCAGUCGGAGGCCAGGCUGCAGAGCAUGGUCACCUCUUUAGAGCGGGAGUUGGAGCUGGAGAGGGAGCAGCACAGCACGGAGCUGGAGUCCCUGCAGCAGACUCGAGGUCAGCUCCUCAAAGUCUCUGAGCAGAUCUCCUCCACCAUGCGCUCCUCCCAAGAGCAACUCACCGCUAAGCUUCAGCAGAGCCAGACUCAGCUCGAGCAAACCAAAGCCCUGCUAGACCAGACCAAGACGGAGUUGGAUUGCACCCGGAACCAAGCCCGACACCUCCAAACACAGCUAGACCUGAGCCAGAGCCAGCUCCUUCAGAGUAAAACCCAACUGGAGCAAAUUAGGAUUCUGUAUGAGCAGACCAGAUCCCAGAACAGUGACCUCCAUGUCCAGCUGGAGCAGCUCAGCGCCCAGUUAAAUCAAGCCAGAGUCCAGACUGCCCAGCUCCAGACUCAGCUACAGGCCUGUGAGAAGUCCAUGGAGACCUCCAAUGAGUCCAUGCUCAUCAAGGAGUCUGAGGUGACUCGUCUCCAAGCCAGGAUCUCCAGUCUGGAGCGAGCUGCUGACCGCCAGAAUCUUUACAAUCACACGCUCUCUCUCCCAGCUCUGCACAAACUCACACACUCAGAGCACUCCUCUUCUGCUCACUCCCCUCCUCCCUCCCCCAAAAAGCUUCAAACACCCGCCCACUCUCCCACACAUGUUCACUCAGCUUGCGUCCACUCAUCGCCCCCCGCUCACACGUACCUUCACCCCUCCUCAGCCCUUCACCUGUCGGAGAGCCACCACCAAACUCACGAUUGGCUACAGAGCAGCAGCAUCGACUCCUCUUUAGACCUCCCUCUGAGCCUGAAGGCAACACUGAGGGAGGCUUUGAGCAAGCAGCCAUGGGAGUCUUCCUCCUCCUCCUCUGUCUCCCCUUUCCCAGAUAAAGUGGACCAUAGCUGGCAGGGCCUCAGCGCCAUGGAGGGCACAGCAACCUCUGACCUCUCCUUCAACCCCCUCACGUACAUGGUGGAUAAACAAGAUGAUGGAAACCCCAACAUGGAGGCUACCUCGAUACAGGAGGGAGACGGUGAGCAGUUGAGUGAGUCGAGGAGAGAGUCCGUGUGCACUCUGGUGGGUGAGGAGGAGGUGGUGGAUAUGAGUUCGCUGACAGGGAUGCUGAGGUUUGUUAAUCAGACGUUAGCCAUGCAGGAGGACCCUUCGUUAUGGAGCUCCACAGGGCUGUCACAGACCUGAUGCAGCCUUGCCCUCCAGGGACGUCAAGGAGACAUGAAGCUGUGUUGCCAAGGAGAUGUCAGAGAGGAGAAGAGCUGUUUACGUUGUUGUCAUCCUUGUGUGUCUGCAUACAUGAAAUAUAUUUCCCAUAUUCAUUAACAUUUUUCAUAAAGCUUGUCCUCUAGGUGUGUUUUUAAAAGCAAGCUGCAAUAGUGUCUGUGAGGGAAGAGAUAAAUUGUCUGUCCAGUUUAGACGAGCACUACUGCAGUCUGUAAAUAAUCUACUGUGAAGUUUUCUUAUUAAUGUAGCAUUUGCAUUUCAUGUUGUAUCUUGUCCUUACCAAUAUUUAUAUAUUUGUACACUAUUCUAAAUAAGCUAAGUGAAUAAAAUAUGUUUUUUU